AUGUCUGUCUUGAAUCCUCCCCCUGCCCAAACGGAAGUUACUCUUGAAGCUGCAGUCAUCCAAGCCGAUACAGUCGAGGCACAAGCGCUUGCCUUCACUGCAACCAUCAAUGCACUUCCCACGGUUGCGGGUGUAUGGGAUCUUGACGAGACCAAGGAUGAAUUUCCAACCUCUACAACAUUCAUCCCCCACAAGAACCCAGGACAAGAGUCCGUCAUGGAGGGAGACGGUCGCACACCUGUGGACCCCGAAGAGUUUGCCGUGGGAGGAAAGUAUAGCUCUAUCCUGAAACUUUUCAUUAACUAUGAGAACUUGCCCAACAACAGCUACACCCAUGGUACUGGCUGGCUCAUCCGUCCAGACCUCAUGUUCACAGCAGGACACAACGUGUACAGCUGGCGUCGUACAAACGGCCGACUGCCACGCCGUGCCCGUGAGAUCAAGGCGUAUGCUGGCUACAACGGCGCGAAGAGUAUCUCAGACGCUUCCGUCGAGUUUCGCCGGGCCACACGCGUGGUUACAACUUCCCAAUGGCUCGACAGUGCAAGGAGCAGGCCGCGUGACUUCGCCCUAGUCCAGUUCGAUCGACCCUUUACCGAUGUGACGCCCUUCCAGUACAUCGAGACGCCUGCAGCAGCUGAUGCGCAACUUGGUGUCGUGGGCUACCCCGCUGAUCUCAAGGACCAGGAGACGGGCGAGCGCGGUAGCAAGAUGCGAGGGAACUCCGGAGGCCCUGUGCUUCGAAGAAAUGAUCUGGUCGCCCUAGGCACACAUGUUUAUGGUGGAGGCGACUUCGAUACAGCCUCCGUUAUUGGCCGUUAUGGCAACCCCAUCCAGGACUACAUUGGUUCCUUGGAAGUGCCUCUCGCUAGUCCAGGCCAGAUCAACAUGGUUACAGUACAUCAAGACAACGCCGCGACGGGCCCGCAAACGAAGGAGAUCGCCAAGUUGGGCGUCAAUGUCGUUGCGCAACCCUCUGGUAAUGGUACCAACAAGCCCGAGUUCUGGAUCUUCGAAGGCGCUGAGGAGGUUUUCAAAUUGGCUACCGAUCUCGCAGGAGCAUUGGGCAGACCUAUUGCUGGCGUUGUUGGUACAGCCAUCGCGCCCAUUAUCGCCCAAGGGCUCGCUGGCGCCAACAGCCUCGACGUAAAUGCCGCUCUGCAGCGCUUCAUGCUAGUUAACAAGACGCUUCUUAUGGCCGAGUCAAAUUUCAAGGAAGAGGGGUUCUUCGAUGAUUUAGCAGGUGCUGUGACAGGUGCUCUCAAGAUCAUGCCCAUCGGAAGUCCCGUCAUCGGGCUCCCGUUUCAGGAGAUCAUGAAAGGCAUCAACGUAGUUGGUGACGCUGCAGACAAGCUUGUUAAUGAUGUUGCCAAUGAAAUUGCUCGCGGCAUUCUCAUUCGCGCGCAGUCAGUGCAAAUGCGGGCAAGGGCUGAGAGCGCCAUGGAUGUCGAUGGCAAGCAGGAUUCAGCCUCAGCGAACGAAAAGGCCUUCCUUGAGGAGCUUGCAAGGGCUGCCAAAGCACACAAGUCCGCUCAGUCUGGUGGCGCUCAGCCAGAUGGUUGGUUCGACGAUGCUUUCAACAGCAUCAAAGACGCCGCAGAUACCGUUGUCGACAUCGGAAGCUCCGUCGUUGACACAGCUGUCAACGUGGGUAAAGAUGUGGGCAACGCUGUCGACAACGUCGGCAACAGAAUCAGCAACGGCAUCUUGGACAUCGCCAGCGGCGUUGCCGAUGACGUAGGAAACGGAAUCAACGGAGUCGCAGAAAAUCUGAACAACGGAGCCAAUCGCAUCAUCGGAACGUAA